CAAGCCCCUCCCCUUCCCUGGCCUGGCGCGGCCCUGGGCCCGGGCUGGAAGCCGGAAGCGAGCUCAGUGGAGCGGACUCGAGCUUCACCGUGGAAGGGAAAGCUCCGGAACGAUAGCUGGCUGCGCCCUUAGCCGGGCCGAGCCCUCCGCGACGCCACCGGGGCCAUGGGGGUCGCACGCAGCCCGCCGCCCGCCGUCCCGGGGCCCCCCCUGGGGCUACUCCUGCUGUUCCUGGGCGUGCUGGCCCCGGGUGGCGCCUCCCUGCGACUCCUGGACCACCCGGCGCUGGUCUGCUCCCAGCCGGGGCUAAACUGCACAGUCAAAAAUAGUACCUGCCUGGAUGACAGCUGGAUCCACCCUCAAAACCUGACCCCCUCCUCCCCAAAAGAGCUGCAGAUCGAGCUUCGCUUUGUCCGCACCCAGCAAGGAGACCUGUUCCCCGUGGCUCACAUUGAAUGGACGCUGCAGACAGACGCCAGCAUCCUGUACCUCGAGGGUGCAGAGUUAUCUGUCCUGCAGCUAAACACCAAUGAACGUUUGUGUGUCAGGUUCGAGUUUCUGUCCAAACUGAGGCAUCACCACAAGCGGUGGCGUUUCACCUGCAGCCACUUCGUGGUUGACCCUAACCAGGAGUAUGAGGUGACCGUUCACCACCUGCCCAAACCCAUCCCUGACGGGGACCCAAACCACCAGUCCAAGAAUUUCCUCGUGCCUGGCUGCGAGGACACCAGGAUGAAAGGAACCAUGCCGUGUGUGAGCGCAGGCAGCAUGUGGGACCCCGACAUCACUGUGGAGACCCUGGAGGCCCACCAGCUGCGCGUGAGCUUCACCCUGUGGAACGAAUCUGCCCGCUACCAGGUCCUGCUGACCAGCUUUCCACAUAUGGAGAACCACAGCUGCUUUGAGCACAUGUACCACGUGCCUGCGCCCAGGCCGCAGGAUUUCCACCAGCGAUCCAACAUCACACUCACCGUACGCAGCCUCAGAGGGUGCUGUCGCCAUCGAGUGCAGAUCCAGCCCUUCUUCAGCAGCUGCCUCAAUGACUGCUUCAGACACUCUAUGACUGUUUCCUGCCCAGAAACGCCAGACACUCCAGAACCUGUUGUGGUCUACAUGCCCCUGUGGGUGUACUGGUUCAUCACGGGCAUCUCCAUGCUGCUGGUGGGCUCCGUCAUCCUGCUGAUCGUCUGCAUGACCUGGAGGCUACCCGGGCCUGCAAGCGAAAAACACAGUAAUGACACCAAACACACCGAUGGCCUGCCUGCUGCUGAGCUGACGCCCCCACCGCUGAAGCCCAGGAAGGUCUGGAUCAUCUACUCAGCCGACCACCCCCUCUACGUGGACGUGGUCCUGAAAUUCGCCCAGUUCCUGCUCACUGCCUGCGGCACGGAAGUGGCCCUGGACCUGCUGGAAGAGCAGGCCAUCUCGGAGGUGGGAGUCAUGACCUGGGUGGGCCGCCAGAAGCAGGAGAUGGUGGAGAGCAACUCUAAGAUCAUCAUCCUGUGCUCCCGCGGCACGCGCGCCAAGUGGCAGGCGCUCCUGGGCCGGGGGGCGCCUGUGCGGCUGCGCUGCGACCACAGGAAGCCCGCGGGGGACCUGUUCACGGCAGCCAUGAACAUGAUCCUCCCGGACUUCAAGAGGCCAGCCUGCUUCGGCACCUAUGUGGUCUGCUACUUCCACGAGGUCAGCGGCGAGGGCGACGUCCCUGACCUGUUCGGUGCGGCGCCGCGGUACGCGCUCAUGGACAAGUUCGAGGAGGUGUACUUCCGCAUCCAGGACCUGGAGAUGUUCCAGCCGGGCCGCAUGCACCGCGUCGGGGAGCUGUCCGGGGACAACUACCUGCGGAGCCCGGGCGGCAGGCAGCUCCGCGCCGCCCUGGACAGGUUCCGGGACUGGCAGGCCCGCUGCCCCGACUGGUUCGAGCACGAGAGCCUCUGCCCGGCCGACGACCAGGACGCCCCAUCCCUGGACGAAGACGUGUUCGAGGAGCCGCUGCUGCCUUCAGGAACCGGCAUCGUGAAGCAGGCGCCCCUGGUCCGUGAACCUGGGUCCCAGGCCUGCCUGGCGGUAGACCUCCUGGUCGGGGAGGAAGGAGGAGCAGCAGUGGCGAAGCUGGAGCCUCACCUGCAGCCCCAGGGGCAGCCGGCGACACAGCCCCUCCACACCCUGGUGCUCCCCGCGGAGGAGGGCACCCCGGUGGCCGCGGUGGAGCCCGGGCCCCUGGCUGAUGGUGCUGCUGGCCGGCUGGCGCUGGCCGGGGAGGACGAGGCGUGCCCGUUGCUGGGUGGCCUGGGUGCUGGGCGAAAUAGCGUCCUCUUCCUUCCUGUGGACCCCGGGGACUCACCCCUCAGCAGCACCCCCAUGGCGUCUCCUGACCUCCUUCCAGAGGAUGUGAGGGAACAACUGGAAGGCUUGAUGCUCUCGCUUUUCCAGCAGAGUCUGAGCUGCCAGGCCCAGGGGGGCUGCGGGAGACCUGCCAUGGUCCUCAAAGACCCGCACACACCCUGCGAGGAGGAGCAGCGGCAGUCGGUACAGUCUGACCAGGGCUACAUCUCCAGGAGCUCCCCACAGCCACCCGAUGGACUCACGGAAAUGGAGGAGGAAGACAAGCAGGACCCAGGGAAGCCAGCCUCGCCACUCUCUCCCGAGGACCUGGAGAACCUGAGGAGCCUCCAACAGCAGCUGCUCUUCCGCCAGCUGCAAGAGAACUCGGGCUGGGACACGGUGGGGUCGGAGUCAGAGAGGCCCCGGGCCUGAGGGCGGCUCCCCAGGGACGGCCCAGAUCCCAGCCUUGAAGGAGUGUGUGUGCACGUGGGUACACACGUGUUCGUCUGUGUGUACAUGUCUGCAUGUGUAUUUGUUCGUGUGUGAAGUGUAGGCUUUAAAAUAUGUCUGGAGUUUCAUCCCAGGCAUCCCCCCAGACUUUUCUUUAUGCAGCCAUCUGGUUAUUUUCCAUCCCCAGGGGAAUCCACACAGCCUACUCCAAGGAGCUAAUGGCAGAGUAUCCUUGAGGCACCAUCAUUCAUUCAUUUAUUCAUUCAUCAACCAUUGAUUGUGCACCUAAUAUGUGCCAGGCAUUUGGGAUACCAAGAUAAAUUGCAUGUGACAUGGCCCCAGCCACCAAGGAGCUUAACCUCUAGUGCUAAGGACACAUUAACAAACAGAAUGGGCCAGCACAGUGACUCGGGCCAGUAAUCCCGGCACUUUGGGAAGCCAAGGUGGGCCGAGCACCUGAGGUCAGGAGUUCGAGACCAGCCUGGCCAAAAUGGUGAAACCCCAUCUCUACUAAAAAUACAAAAAUUAGUUGGACAUGGUUACAUGUGCCUGUAGUCCCAGCUACUCGGGAGGCUGAGGCAGGAGAAUUGCUUGAACCUGGGAGGCAGAGGUUGCAGUGAGCCAAGAUUGUGCCGCUAUACUCUAGCCUGGGCGACAGAGGGGUACUCCGUCUAAAAAAAAAAACUAGGUGGUCACAUGAGAUGUAAAAGCUGAAUGGGCCAGGCGCGGUGGCUCACGCUUGUAAUCCCAGCACUUUGGGAGGCCAAGGCGGGUGGAUUGCUUGAGCUCAGGAGUUCAAGACCAGGCUGGGCAACAUAGUGAGAUCAUGUCUCUCUACUUAAUUUUUUUUUUUAAUUGAGAUGGAGUUUCGCUCUUGUUACCCAUGCUGGAGUGCAAUGGUGCGAUCUCGGCUCACCACAACCUCCGCCUCCUGGGUUCAGGCAAUUCUCCUGCCUCAGCCUCCUGAGUAGCUGGGACUACAGGCGCGCGCCACCAUGCCCAACUGAUUUUUUAUAUUUUUAGUAGAGACGCGGUUUCACCAUGUUGACCAGGAUGGUCUCGAUCUCUUGACCUCGUGAUCCACCCGCCUCAGCCUCCCAAAGUGCUGGGAUUACAGGCGUGAGCCACUGCGCCUGGCCCUAAUUUUUUUUUUUUUUUUAAUUAGCCAAUUAUGGUGGCACAUGCCUGUAGUCCUAACUACUUCGGAGGCUGAUGCAAGAUGAUCACUUACUUGAGUCCCCGGGGUGGAGGCUGCAGUAAGCUAUAAUGGUACUAUUGCCCUCCAGCCUGGGCAACAGAGUGAGACCUUGUCUCAAAAAAAUAAUAAAAUAAAAAGUUUGAAUGGAAGCCUGCCUAGGGCCGUGAGCAUGCACAGGAAAGGCACCAGGCCGGGGGAGGGAGGUCCCGGAGGAGACACCUAAGCUGAAGGAUUGUGGGUGGGGGAAGGAAGCAGCCUGUGGGCGAGUGCUGGGAGGGAGUAGAGUGAGCAUGUCAGGGAGCUGUUGGUGGAGCUUGGAGUGGGAGGAGGGGUGCAGCCAGAGAGAUCGGGGAGGGGGCAUCAGCCCCAAGGUCUGGGGCACCUUUUGUCUGAUGAGCUGUCCCUCUGCACGGCAGAAGCUGAGGGCCAAACACAGCUGGAUGUCACCUGAGCUCAUUCAUAGGCAGAGAGAAAUGUGGAGGUGAAACGAAAAUCAUCCUGUAGGAAGGUGAGUUUGAAGCCCUGCACCCGCAUCUCUCGGCCCGCCCAUCAUUGGGGAGCUGUUAGCAUGCAGGAUUCUUCACUGCAGCUGGGCUGGAGCUCCCCUGAGCUUGGGAAGCCGUGGGGUGCAAGGGCAAGGAAAUGAGUGGUCAGGGGGAGCAGUGAAGAUCUGGGCAGACCUUAAUGUGGGGAGAGGAAGGGGUGCUGCUGUGACCUCAAGGUCGGAGGUUUAAAAGCAGCAUUUGAAGAGACGCUCUGAAGCCAGUGUUUGAAGAAUCUGUUCCUGAACCACCUCCUAGGGGCAGGCUGGAGGGGUCUGGCUUUGGGGUCCUGAAGAACACAUUGAGGUGCUGUCAGACACUGGAAUAGGGUGCCCUUUAUUCCUGCACCUGAGUGCUCUAGCUGUAUUUCCAAGCUCCAGUGAGGAGGAGAGGAUUUGGAAAUGUGACAGGAGAGCAAAUAGGACAGGUGCGUGUGUGUGUGUGUGUGUGUGUGUGUGUACACACACGUAACUGAAAGAUGACCGAUAAAAGAAUGCCUAAGUUCAUCUGGUAAGAGUUUCUAGCGCUCUUUAGAGUCACAUGUUGUAGGUCAGGGAGUUCCUAGUUGCAGAGUUCUUUCCUUGCAGUUGGAGUUGGCCUAGUGGCAGCAGGGCCACCACAGUCUGUGUCCCAGACAAAAGAGCAGGAGCUGAGGCCUCCCAGCCACCGGCCUUUGGGCUCCGUCUCUCCUCCAGUAGUCCUGGAGAGGGGCUUCACUGGGCCUGGACAGCUACCAGGCUUUCGGUGACCGUUCCCUGGCUUCCAGUAAUUACCUGUUCAAACUCCAGAGUACAGGCUACCACGGUGCACGCGUCCCUGGCUAGAGCACACGCUCCCAUCUUCUCCCGUUCCUCACAAGCCUUGAAUUCUAGCUGUGCUGGCCUUCGGGCCCAUGCCAAUAAAUGUCCCCGAUGGGCAGUGCCCACUGUCUCCGGGGGAAGUUCUUUUGUUCUCUUACCAGCUCUAUUGAAACAGUCCACACCAAACAACCCACAAUGGACCCUGCACAAUGCAGUGCGUUUCAUGUAGUUACAGUUCAGCAACCAUCAGCACAGGCCAUCUUAGCGCAGUUUAUUACCCCCAAAAGAAAUCCAGCCCCCUUAGUCCCCAUCCCUCAGCACCCUUGGCUACUUGGAUCUCUGUAGACUUGCCUCUUCUGGACGUGCCAUGGAAAGGAGUCAUAAAUUCUCCAGGUGCCUCCAUUUCUUCUUUAGUGUCAUUCCGUUUCUCCUCACAUUCCCUCCCCGUUUCCUGGGCCCAGUCUCACACCGGUCCUUGCUUAUCCUAAAUGCUAGGAAUUCCGAAACUCUGAGUAUGGUGUCCGCUGUCAGCCGAAUGCCAAGAGCUUCAAGAGUGUAUAAAACCACGCCUUUAUUGUAUUAUUCCGAACCAUGGCUAAUAAAUUCUGCGUCACCCAGAAA